AUGCUUGCCAUUCAGUCCAUGGAGGGCCCUACUCGGCCUCUUCCUGGUCCUCCUCCUGCUCUUGUAGGUCCAGAGUCAACUGAGGUUCGCCAGCCGAAGCCCAAGACUCUUCCCUGCAAGUAUUGUAGUAAACGAUUCAGACGUGUCGAGCAUGUACAGCGUCAUGAACGCACACAUACCAAAGAGAAGCCAUUUUCAUGUGGAUGGGACCGCUGCGGAAAGACUUUCGGACGAAGGGAUCUUCUUGUUAGGCACGAGAAGCUCGUGCAUCUAAACGAAGGUAGCAAAGACAACAGCCGACCCAGGAAGCUGUCGUCCAAUACAUCUUCAACCUCACACAAGAGCUCUAUAUCUGAAGGGCAAACAAAUACAGAGACCAUUGGACAUCAACAUGCCAACGUUUCACGGCCCCCACCACCUCAGCAGCCUUUGCCACAGCCUCAGGCUUAUCAGCAUGGGCCACCUCCAGGGUCUCAACAAAACCCUCACGAUUACCGGGCACAACCUCGAUCAGCAGCCUGUAAUCUUGAUCUAUUAUCCGACGCAGCCCUUGCGAGCUCAGUGACGCCUGUUCAGAGAAAUGCUGCACCAGCGCCUCUUCCGCAUUCUCCAGAAUCCCGAAGGAAGAGCAGCUAUGGAGAAUCUAUUGUCGCCUACACAACGGAACGCCCACGAGAAGACCAACCCUUGGGAUCAGGCUAUGUACCUCAGCAACCACCUCCCGGUUCUUAUGAUGAUUACAAUCCAUUCCUUGACGAGUUCGCUGCUUCGUCUCACUUUUUGCCCCCGAAUUUCGAAACCGAGCAGCAAAUGAUGUACUCUCGGGGCCAAGGCGGGACCGCUCAACGACGUUUAUCAAAGUCUUCAUUUCUUCCAGGCCGUUUUCCACCCAUGCAGACUGAAGCUCGAGACCCUGCAGACCCUGCCUCACGAGGUAUUGAUGAAGCGGCACGACAAUCCGCUCUUCGUAUCUCUGUAGCUGACCAUACCGUGAUCAAGAACAGACUUGAUGAAUUCUCUGCUGUUCUACCCAACGAUUUUGUGUUUCCCUCACGACAUACUUUGACACGAUUCUUGGAAGGCUAUAUCAGUGGGCUUCACGAGCAUCUGCCUUUCCUCCAUCUCCCAACAUUUUCACCUGCCGAAGCCGCGCCCGAGUUGCUGCUCGCUAUCCUCGCAGUAGGAGCACAGUAUCGCUUUGAGAAGAACAGAGGCUAUGCUCUAUGCUCUCCGAAUACCCCUCAAGCCCGGAUUGAGACUAUCCAAGCAGUUUUGCUUCUAUUCGCCAUCGGCCUCUGGGGUGUGCCAACUAUUCUCCACGAAGCACUGUCCUUACAGAGUGUUCUCGCAAUCUUGAUUCGCGAAGAAGGCUUGGUUGCAGAAGUUAACCAAAGUGUCGUCAACGACUGGGAAACAUGGAUUCGACUCGAGACUGCGACGAGGACCAAGCUUGUUGCCUAUUGCUUUUUCAAUCUUUGCAGCAUUGCGUACAACAUGCCGCCAUUGCUGUUGACAUCCGAGUUGAACCUGCUCCUACCUCAACGAGGCAAGCUUUGGAGGGCUGAGACAGCCUGGCAAUGGCAAGAAAUGCGACAGUCAACACCGAUCAUCGAGCUUACCUUACACGAUGCCUUCUCACGACUAUUUGGCCGGACAAACCAAGGUCUGCCGCAGCAUCUAUCGUCUCUGGGCAGUUACGUUCUCAUUCACGCACUUAUCCAACAUAUUUACUUGCUGAAGCAGACAUCGUUUGCGACUGGUCUUCCGUACAACAUUCAUCGAACCAUGAAGCCUGAGGAUGUUGAGGAGGUUUCGCAAGCACUGCGUGUAUGGCAGACCAGCUUCGAGGAUCAGCACCAGCUUCGGGCCGCGGAAUCUGGUCACUACAGCAUAUCGGAUUCAAUUGAGGGCGGAACCCUGGACUACACGGCGACUGCCUUAUUGCGACAAGCGUACAUCCGACUCUAUACAGACGUGACUCCUUCGACUGCGCUCGAGACUCGGGAUCCGCUUUUGGUGGCGUCCGCCUUGAGCAGGACCCCCUUACUAGUACGAAGUCUAAGGCUGCAUAGGGCAGUGUUUCAAGCAAUUCAUGCCCUGUCUAUGCUGGUUAAGGCUGGUGUCAAUUACGUAGCCAGGACCAAAUCCGCCGACUGGAGCAUUCAGCACUCAUUGUGCAAUUUCGAGUGUGCUAUCUUGGUAUCUAAAUGGCUUUUGACCGUUGCAGCAAUUGGGCCGCACGAUGCACCUGCUUCUCCCGAGGAAAAGAACUUGUUGGAUAUGGUACGUCGGAUGCUUGAUGAGACUGAAUUCGCGGUUCCGCCAAUCGAUCCAUCGCUUUCGGGACAGAACGACGUGCCCUCAAGCGACAGCGCCAAGCUACGACAACUCGCAGUCGCAGUUGUGCGACUCUGGGCCGAGACUUUCAAGGGUACACAUAUCUUUGAGAUUGUCAAUGUCAUGGGCCAGAGUCUCGACGCAUAUGCCGAUUUGAUUGAGAAGCCAAGAGACAGAAGCCCUCAAGUGCGAUUGUUGGAGCCAAACGUCAACUAAGGGGCAUGAUAAAAAAUAUUACUGGAUAUUCCCAGCGAUGGUAUUUGAAGAACAUGAUUAUAGCGAAUUUCGGGCGUCAGGGUUGGACAUGGGUUCGGCACUCAUCUUUCAGGAAGUGCACACCAGGAUUAGGAAAGCCAAGGUGGUUUUAAUGAUUCACGAUGUGGUAUAUCUUGUAUACCAAGGCGUUUUCAGGCUACGUUAUAAGAGCCUUUGGUUUUAAGCAUGUUGCAAAAUAAGGAUAAGUUGGAAUAUGUUGAGCAAGGAUGAGAGGCACUGAUGGCAGGAGUUGGACAUGAAUAGUAAUUCAAUACCAGUUGAGAUGGUUUAUGCU